AUGAUGCUGACACGACGUGGAAGUCUUGUCCCAAAGCUGAGAUUCGCGGUCCAGCUCAAGCGAUCAUAUACCGAUCUCAAUGCUCCUAUUGCUCAGGCUUUUAGGAUCAACGCAGAACGCUUGUGGUAGGUCCAUUCGCGCGCUCCCGAACGUAGUUGAGGUUGAUGAAUGGUGCUUUCCAGGAACGAUAUCCAUCAUACGGCUCAAUGGUCGGCGCCGAACGCCACAACCAAGGCUGGAGGCUUAUCGAGGCUCAGCGGGACACCCUACGACAAGCUGGCUCGAGACUGGUUUGCAGACCAGGUCCGGUCUCUAGGGCCAACAACGUAUACCGUCAAUGGGACAGGCUCGCAGUUUGCUACUUUUGCCGGCGAAAAUAACGACCUGCCGCCCAUCGCUAUGGGAUCGCACCUGGACUCUGUUGCUACGGGUGGUCGCUUCGACGGGGCCCUGGGCGUCCUAGGUGCCCUAGAAGUGGUAAGGUCCAUGAGAGAGCAGGACAUCAAGACGUUCGCACCGAUUACUUUGAUCAACUGGACGAACGAAGAAGGCGCGCGUUUCUUCCCGCCACUAGGCUCUUCGGUCGUCUACGCGGGCGAGAAAGACGUCAGCGCCGCUCAUGCGAGCACAGCCAACGACGGCAGUGGGGAGACACUCGGCGCCGCCUUGCAGUCCAUCGGAUACAUUGGAGAUGGGCCCAACACGUUUCAAGAAUUCCCCAUCUCCGCGCAUUUCGAGCUCCACGUCGAGCAGGCCACGACGCUGGAAGAAGCGGGCAAGCCGGUCGGCUGGGUAGAAGGCUGGCAGGGGAUUUCCAUGUUCGAAUACACCUUCCACGGCCUCGACGGCCACGCGAACACGUACGAUAUGCACCGUCGACGAGACGCCCUCGUCGGCGCCGCCAAGAUGAUCGUCGACCUGGAAGCCCUCGCUUCCCGACACGACGGCUCCUCCACCACCGUCACGAACCUCCAAUCCGGUCCCGUCGGCUGCUGCAAUAUCCAGUCCUGGACCAAAGUCGUCUUUGCCCUGAUGAACCCCGAUGCCCGCCACCUCGCCGCCAUGGCCGAGGACAUCUCCACCGCGACACACUCCCGCGCGCAGGCCGCCGGGCUCCGCUUGCACGUCCAACGCAUCAUGCAUCUCGAGCCGGGCACUUUCUGGCCCGAGGCUGUCGAUUGCGUCAAGCGCGCUUGCGGGCCUAGGGGCAUUGCGGCUCGCACUCUGACGGCGCAUGAUAGUACGAUGACCACGCUGCUGUGUCCGACUGCGAUGGUGUUUGCGAGAGCCAAGGAGGGGAUCUCGCAUGCCGCGGCGGAGUGGUCGAGUAUGGAAGACUGCGCUGAGGCGGCUAUGGUGUUGGGGAAGGCUGUGUUGAAUUUCGAUGAGGGGUUGCGAUGUGGUCGUGGGUAA